AUGGAUUCCAUAAGUCAAUACUGUGAAGGAGCAGAACAUAGGUGUUGUGCUAGACAUCUUUAUAGCAAUUUCACCUUGGCACACAAAGGUCUGGUCCUUAAGAACCUAUUUUGGACUGCAGCAAGGGCAACAACAGUGCCAGAAUGGAAGAGUGCAAUGAAUGAGUUAAAAGACAUAAGUGAAGAGGCUUACAACUGGUUCCUUGAAAAACCUCCUUCCCAGUGGACCAGAUCCCAUUUUGAAGAGCAUUCGAGAUGUGAUAUUCUUCUUAAUAAUUUGUGUGAGGCAUUCAAUUCUUCUAUUGUUGUUGCCAGAGAUAGGCCCAUCAUCUCGAUGCUAGAGAAAAUUUGGCAUCAACAAAUGAUAAGGAUGAAUGUAAAAAGGGAAGCAGCACAGAGGUGGGAUCAUGCAUUCGGGCCAAGAAUUGUGAAAAUCAUUGAGAAUGCUACUUCUGAGGCAAGGUACUUGAAGGCACUCUAUGUAGGCAACCAUAAGUUUGAGAUAAGCAGCAGAGACGAUUUGAGGUGGAGUGUUGACUUGACAAAACAUGCAUGUGCAUGCAGAAAAUGGCAGUUCACUGGAAUACCAUGCCCCCAUGCAAUAUCAGGCAUGCUUUCAAGGGAUAUUGGCAUAUAUGAGUACAUCGACCCAUGGUAUAGCAAGGAAACAUACCUUAAGUGUUACUCCCCAGUGAUCCACUCGAUGUCAGGGCCUGAACUGUGGCCAGAAUUGGGAAAGCAUCCUCUCAAUCAACCUUAG